AGAUAAGAAAGAAAAAAAAAAACUUGUUGUGUUUUCUAUUUGUUGGAGGAGGAAAAUAUUUUUCUGUUAUACAAAGCCCCCCCAAGUCUAUAGAGCUCUUGGACUCUCAACUUUGCUCUGUGCUAUAGCUGGAGAAAAACAACAAUUCAAUUGAAAAUAAAAAUAAGAAAUAUCUAAUUCUUGAAGCAAAAUUGAAUAUUGUGGUGCAGUUUUGUGUGUUGGUUUGGUGCAACUCGCAGAGGUCUUUUAUUUAUGUGGUGCGCGGCGGUGGAUGGCGGUCCUCCUUUUGCUUUGAAAUAGUUGUUGCGAUUGCGAAGCUCCCCCUCGAGUGUUUAUUAACGGUGCAGUGAUUCGAUAAAAAUAUAUUAUUCGUUUUACAAUUCUGCUAGCUAGCUCACUAUAAGUUACCUACUCUAGCCACCAGAAAAGAAACAACUUGUUUUCUUUGAUAUUUCUUUUUUUUUUUUGUAUCUUUUAACACGUUUUUUUUGCUGAGAUAUUAUACACAAUUCCUGUUUAUUUUAUUUUUUUUUUAUUAAAAUAAAUUUUCUGAUAAAUAAAUUUAUAAUAAAAAAAAAAGAAUUGAUUAACCGAGGAGAAAAAUAAAAUAAAAAAACCAAGUCGAUGUGUUUGGAAUGUGAGAAAAUUAUGUAAAUUAAAUUGUGCACCGGGCUGGUUUUUUUUUCAAUCUUAUUUCGUUAUAUUUUGUAUCUUCUACGACUAUGAUUUUGUAUCUGUAACUUGUUUUCUUCUUCUAUUUAUACUGUGUCGCCCUGAAUGAAGAAUAAUAAUAAUAAUCAAAUGCAUCUCACGGAAAUGGAAUGCGUUGUCGUGCUCAAAUAACGUGUCUUUUGAGAGUGUUUUCUAUGGGUUUCUGUGAUAUCACAACUUCUGCUGAAUAAAACAGAGUGAUUAAUAUUCUAUAUUUGGUGCUAAUUUUUUUGUUUUUUUGGAUUUUAACUUUCUGGAUUAAAUAAAACACAAUUUUUUUCGAAGUGAAAGAUACUUCCUCGCGUUCAUUUAUAAUAUUGCCAAUAAGCAUGGAUACGUAACGUGUAUACGACAUUUUUUCUUCUAAUUUGAUUUAUAAAGCCCAAACAAAUGUGUAGCCUACUUUGUUUAUAGUUUUUUGUUUUCUUUAUUUCUAUCCAUUUUUGUUAAUAUGUUUUGUUGUUUAUUUUAAAUCGGAUAUAUUUUAAGAAAGAAAAGAAGAAAAAAGAAAUGGUGCAAAAUAGAAAUGUCAAUCAAUAUGUCAAAAAAUUAUUGUGGUACUAAAAUAAUAUCGGAUAGUGCUUUUGUCGGUAGCUAAAGAAAAGAAAAGAAAAUUGAGUUAUAUAUAAAAAAUUAAAUUUUUGCCAUGAUUAUGAGAAAUAAUAAUCAUCAUCAAGAAGACCAACAACACCACCAACAACAACAACAGCAGGAACAACAAGAACUGCAGCAACAACAACAACAAGAGCAAUAUAAAGCACAACAUAAAUCUACACUUGCCAUUAUGUCAAUGAAAUCACAAACACAAAGUGUCAAUUUAAAAAAUAAAGAAAACUCAACCGCCAUCAUGCGGAAACAGUUUACACCGAUUUCUGACAUAAGCAGUGGUAGUUUUAGCUCUGCGUCAGUAGCUGGAUCUAUUCAGGACGACAACAUGAGUGAUCAAUGCAGCUUGACACAAGCUGGCUUAGAAGAAUACAACAGCCGAUCGUACUAUGAUCAAGCCGUCUUCCAUCAUCAGAAGCAAUCAUCGUAUGCCCAAUCGGAAGGCUAUCACAGUUAUGUGUCCAGCUCGGAUUCAAGUUCAGCAACACCAUUCUUGGAUAGAUUGCGUCAAGAAAGUGAACUGCUAUCCCGUCAAUCACAUCACUGGUCACAAAAUGACCUUUCGACAGGAGCAACUACAACUACAGCUCCAGUUACGGCGGCCAUAACAACAAAUGGCAAUUUGAAUGCCGGAACUAUUGGCAGCGGCGGUGUCGGCGGCGUUGAACAACAACAGAACAGCCAUCCCCUGUUACAUCGCCACCAUCACCAUCAUCAUCAUCACCAUCAUCACAAUUCUGCAAACAAUGCCAGCAAUGGCAGCAAUAGUGGCGGCGGCGGCAAUAGUAACAGCAACAACGGUGGCACCACCAACAACAAUAGCUCCGAAAGUCACUCGUCUACGGAAACGCUAAAGUGGCUUGGUUCAAUGAGCGACGUUUCAGAGGCAAGUCAUGCAACUGGCUAUUCAGCGAUUUCGGGAUCAGCAUCUUCGUCACAACUAAUAGUGCACAGUUCGCGUGUACUUACCCCAAAACGGCACCAAAGUGAAAGUGUCCUCUACAUGCAUAACGAUCAACAGUUGAGUCCACCAAUCUCAGCCAGUAAUUCCCCCACAAGAAUGCCAGCCAUUAGCACAAGCCCGAAUAGAAGUGGCGGUAGCAGUGGCAGCAAUUCCGCCAGUACUGGUGCAAUAUAUAUGUCACACCAUCCGCAACACUACAUUCCCCAAACGUCGACCUCGUCAUCGGCGCUGUCACUGUCACCAUCAGCGAAUAGUUCUUUGACAAAAGGUGCAGUGGCAGCCGCGGCAACAGCCAUGUCCUCUUCCUCCCCAACUUUGCUCUUUCCCAAUCAUGCCGCUGAGCUGAAUAAAUCAAGUCUAUCGGUGACAAUAUCGCAAGCUCCAUCACCAAAUGGUAGUGCGAUUGGAAUUGGAGCGACUACCAACGAACAACAACAAACUCUUCAUCAGUCGCUGUUGUCAAUUGCUCCAUUGUCACCAUCGCUGUCCUCCUCCGCCACCGCACCAUUGCAAAAGUCCUCAUCUGCAUCUCCAACCUUAUCUAUGGCAUCUCUUUCAGUGGCCGUCACGUCUUCCAGCAAUCUUGCUGCAUCCUCCUCGCCUUCAUCGAGUUCCAGUUCCUUCUCCUCAAACACAUCUUCCGCCAUGACGACCACAUCCAGUUCGUCAUAUCGCAACAACCACCGGCUCUUUCCUGUUUCCACAUACACCGAACCUAUUACUGGCCCACACCAGCAACCAAAUGCACCAAAACAACAACAACAACAACACGUCCAUCUGCAACACAGUCCUGCUGCUGCGCAGCUACCCACUACUCAGCAACUGCCACUUCAUUAUCCGCAAUCCAAAUUGAAUUCGCCGCAACCCACAAGCUGGCAAUCGGUGGCUGAUCGAAUCAACGACUUUGAGCGGCAGCAACAGCAUUUGCAUCAUCACCACCAUCAUCAGGCCAAUAACGCCGCAGCCGCCGCCAUGCAAAAGUACACAUUUAUCGAUCCCAGUAAGACGCAUCGAGUUUCCAAUCCGGCCUUGAAGGCGUUCCAAAAGAACGCUGUCCAAUCGUACUUCGAGCGACAGCAGCAGCAAUCCAAAGAAAACCUGAAGCACAGUGCCGCCAAUGGUGGCAACAAUCUCCUACGGCCGCAUUCUCUGCAGCCAACUGGUUCUCCCAAGGAAGUGGCCAGUUCGGCUGGGGUGGUUAGGAACUCGUUGCCAAAUAACGUUGGUACAGCGGUUGUACCAUCGCGGUACUCCAACCACCACCAACUGUCGAAUCAAAUCAAUAACGACAUCUCGUUUCCUGAUUGCGGCAGUUCGCCACCACCUCCGCCGCCACCGCGAUCAAGAUCGCUGAUGCCAGUGCGGCGGUCUUCAUCCGCCUCCGAGUAUGCAGAGUUUCGAGAUCAGUAUCAUCGGGCAGCGACACAGGAGAAACUGCAAUCGCAGUCGGUUAAGAAUGUCACCGAGCCGGAGAAGAUAUCGUUUAAUGAUUGUGGAAUGCCUCCGCCUCCUCCACCGCCAAGAAGCAAAGCUUCUUUGACAGUUAGACGCACCUCAUCCGCCUCGGAAUAUGCAGCGAUGCGAGAGAAGGCAAUGCAACAUGUUGCCAAUCAACAGCAAUAUAUUCAGCGGCAACUAUCCAGUCCCAUGGGACUUCCUUCUGUUUUCCUUACCGAUGAGUGGGUGCCCGAAAGGCCACCGAAGAAUCCGAAUUUACGCAUCCCAAGUCCAGAUUUACCGCCUCCACCGGCACUGGCAACGGUAGACGUUGACAGCAAUCUGUCUAAUCAAGAUGAACCCUUGCCACCACCUCCGCCGGAGAUACUGCGGCAACCGCCGCCAAUGAAUAAACCGCUUUCGCCAAAUAGACGAAAUAGUUUUGCUGGUUCACCGUCCCGCAAAGCAUUCUUCAACGCAUUGCCACCGCCACCUUCAAUACCCAAGAAACCAACUAAUAUGGAUCUUAUGCAUUCGAGACCUGCUUCCAGUAUGGCUCAACAGUCAAACAAGGCUCACAAGAUAAUUUUAAAUGAGAAAUUAAGCUCUCCGAUGGCGGGCGAUCAUAAAUCUGUGAUGGUAGCUAGAAAACGUCCUCAUCAUAAUCCGGCUGUGAUUCCAAUUUCUCCGAUUCAUGAGAAUGCAGGAAUGAAUUUUAAUAAUAUUGGCAAUUGUAGUCCACAUCAUAAUAAUCAUAAAUCACCGAUAAGAAGUGAUGGAUUGAAGGCUUCACCGCCACCACCUCCAUUGAAGCCGAGAAUGCCGAUUAGCAGUCAACCAAUACAGCCAAUUCCUAUCAGCAGUAAAAUAAGGUGUAACUCAAAAGCAUCCUAUCUGCCACGCCAAUCAUUAGAAAAACUUAGUUCAACCGAUCCCGAUCAUGGCAGCUACAAACUCACACUUACUUCCAACGAAGAUUGUGUCCCACAACACCACAGCCCAAACAAUAACAACAACAACAGUAACAACACAAAAUCAGACCUCAUUAAUGGCGGUAGUAAAUGCAACAAUCUGCCAGAUGUCCUGCCAGUUGGUGUAAAGCUACAACCUUCCUCACCAACUUCAGCCACUGGUGCAUCCCAGAGAUAUGGCUCAAAUAAUAGCCUUUCACCAACAUCUCCAGGAACACCAAAUUAUCCACCGCCUCCUUAUCCUAAUAUGAAGAUGUUCAUAACAAAGCCAUCAAUGCCGCCAAAUAGUCGGCAUUCCUCGCCAGUGACAGCUUACAUCAAUAUGAAUAGCUCACCGAAUAAUGUUGGCGGGAGCGGCAGUGGCAGUGGUGGUUUUAAUCGAUCUCAAUCUUAUGAUGCCAGCAGUCCCAAAUAUAUGUCACAGUCAACUAUUGAUUUAAAGAAAACUCAAAUACUUGAGACACCAGAAGAACAGCAACCUAAUAACUGCCAUCACUCAGAUAAGGUAUUAUCUCCAGCUCAGUCAGAGAGUAAUAUUAACUCGUUUACACCUCGCAAGGAAUUCAAAGAGUUUCAUCGAUCUGAAGUUGUAAGAAAACUAAGUCUUGAGGAACGUGAUCCCGGUGAAGGACGUAUUGUCCGGGCCGAACUUGUCAAUACAACUCUGUCAAACUCUGAACAUAAGAUUACCCGCAAAGAUUCACUUCGAGAAAAUAUCGAAAAAAUCACUCAACUGCAAUCGAAGUUAAUGUCAGCACAUACCCACACAGCAGCUGCGGCCAAAUCAGCCCAAAGUCCACCACCACCAAUGCCUAGAACGGAACCGGUUGAGGUGCAAACUCAGACACCAGAACCACCACCACCAGAGUCUCCACAACCACCGGCUUUGCCUAGUACACCUUCGCCAUGUGAAAUUGCCAUUAUUUCGCAAAUGGAACCCACCAUUGAUGGUUUGAAAUUAAUGCAACGAACUGAAGUGAUUCUACGUGUAAACCCAGUUACCAAUGAAGUUGGCUCUCAGACUGACGAAUUACUUGAGUUGGAUGCCAAUCGUAUCAAACUCAAUGACAGUCGAGAUGAUGCUUUGCAGCGAACCACCUUACAACCCCGUCAGAAACACCCCAUCGAAGUGGAAUGUGAUAGAAUGUCUAAGGAACUAGCCGGUCUUUUGCCACAAAACGAUAGACUGCUAGAGAUCCUUCAACCACAGAGUUGCAAAACUCCCACAGAUUAUAUUGGCAUGCUUUAUAAUCCUGAUGUCCCAUUGAGACCGGCGAAGCGUGACGUUGGUACAUCUACUCCCAGUGAAAGCAACAGCAGCUGUACACCAAAGUUUGAAUUGGAAUUUGCUGAAAUCGAAGUUUCACUCACAAAUGGUUCUAGUGAGACAAGCUGUGAUCAUCUUAUUAAAAAGAAGGAGGACCUCAUUAAUCAACUUACACGUAAGCUAGGAGUCCUUAAUUUAGAACAAACGGCAAUCGCUGAAGAGACAACGAUCAAUGAUGAACUUGGUAGCAGUUUGGCUGCUAAAGUUGCAGACAAAAUGCGUCCAAUUGACGCUACAAAGUUCCGAACCUACAUCGAUGAUGUUGGUCAUAUUACCAGUUUGCUACUAAGCCUGUCAGGUCGUUUAGCCAAAGCUGAGAAUUCCCUAACCGCCCUAGAUGAACAAAGCCCAGAAAGUAAAAUUCUCAUUCUUAAACGCGACCGACUCGUUGAACAGCUAGAAGAAGCCAAACGCCUUAAAGAAGACAUCGAUCGUCGAGGAUCCAGUGUUGCCGGUGUUCUUGAAAAAAAUCUAACCUCCGAUGAAUUUGCAGACUAUGACUAUUUUAUCAAUAUGAAGGCAAAAUUAAUUGCCGAUUCACGAGAUAUUGCGGAUAAAAUUGCAUUUUCUAAAGAACAUUUAAACGCAUUAAAUGAUGCGCUUAUCCAAAGUGAUUGUUGAGCGCGCCAGUUAAUUCUCUAUUCGAGAUACUGUGUGUGUGCCAUAAAUUAAUUGGUUACCAACCAUACCGCUGGUUAGCCUUCACGAUGCAAUUUCUCCGAGCUCUCAACAUGAUAAGUUGAGAGUAACGUGAGAUCAGGAGCCAUCUCUAAACAAAAAUUAAGAAAAAAAAAAAUACAACAACAAAUCCCAGGGCCUUAUUGUGUAAAAAAUUAAUUCUUUAUAAGUUUUUUUUUCCUCUCCUAUUUUAUUAUCCGUGAUGGUGCUCUAAAGAAAGAAAAAGAUAGAAACAGAUAAACCCUAAAAUAUUUGUCAAAAAAAAAAAAAAUACAA